CUAAACGUCGUCGUUUCAAGGUUCGGCUUCGGCUCCAUCAUUCAAAAUAUUUCAAAGGCUCUCUCUUCUUCUCUCAUUUCAUUCCAAUCCCCAUUCACGCUUCUUCUUCACCAUCGACGAUGAACCGCCACCAGGGGCACCGAUCCGGUGCGACGACGCGGCUCCACCACAACCGCCCCUGCUCCUCCGGCGACGACUUCCUCGACGCCUCCUCCAAGUGGCUCCGCUCCUCCUGCUCCUCCAAUCACUUUCCUCCUCUUCAGGAUUACAAUUUGUACGGUGUGGAAGGAAGAAUGUACAGCAGCAAUACGCAGAGGAGUUUCAACAUGGAUUUCUCUUCGUCUCUCGGUGAUUACAUGAACGGCGGCGAUGGUGAACAAGGUUUAAGCCCUGGCCUCUUGGAUCUCCAUUCAAUUGAUACAGACCUUCUUUCUGAGUUGCCGGCGGCUACCAAUGGAUAUGAUGCCUCGCUGUAUCAACCUAAUCGUGAUGAUUCUGAGCCUUACGUUUCCAACAAACGCAAUGCUAGACCGCCGCUUCCUGAGAACAAUGUCUCUGUUAAUCUUUCUGCUGAUAAUGUGAAGUCUAGUUCUGUAGCCAAGAUUAAAGUCGUGGUUCGCAAGAGGCCACUUAAUAAGAAGGAAUUAGCAAAGAAUGAGGAAGAUAUUAUAGAGGCGGUUUCGAAUUCUUUAACAGUGCAUGAGACAAAACUCAAGGUUGACCUAACUCAAUACCUAGAGAAGCAUGAAUUUGUUUUUGAUGCUGUCUUGAAUGAAGAGGUUACAAAUGAUGAGGUGUAUCGUGAAACAGUGGAGCCCAUAGUUCCAAUAAUCUUUCAACGCACUAAGGCAACCUGCUUUGCAUAUGGUCAAACAGGAAGUGGAAAAACUUACACAAUGAAGCCACUGCCACUUAAAGCAUCAAGGGACAUCUUGAAACUGAUGUACCAUACCUACAAUAAUCAGGGAUUUCAGUUGUAUGUGAGUUUCUUUGAAAUAUAUGGUGGGAAGCUUUUUGAUCUCCUUAAUGAUCGAAAAAAACUAUGCAUGAGGGAGGAUGGUAAACAGCAAGUCUGCAUUGUUGGUUUGCAAGAGUACCGUGUAUCGGAUGUAGAGACUAUUAAGGAACUGAUUGAGCAAGGUAGUUCCACUAGAAGUACUGGCACCACAGGUGCAAAUGAGGAAUCUUCACGGUCACAUGCAAUACUUCAGCUUGCUGUCAAGAGAUCAGUAGAUGGAAAUGGAUCCAAGCCUCCCCGUCUUGUUGGCAAGCUCUCCUUCAUAGAUCUUGCUGGAAGUGAACGUGGAGCAGAUACUACAGAUAAUGACAAACAAACAAGAAUAGAAGGUGCUGAGAUCAAUAAGAGCUUGCUCGCCCUAAAGGAAUGCAUAAGAGCUCUUGAUAACGACCAAGGGCAUAUCCCAUUUAGAGGCAGUAAAUUGACUGAAGUUCUGAGGGAUUCUUUUGUUGGCAAUUCCCGCACGGUUAUGAUAUCGUGCAUAUCACCAAGCUCUGGUUCAUGUGAACAUACACUCAAUACAUUAAGAUAUGCUGACAGGGUUAAAAGCCUAUCAAAAGGGAACAAUUCUAAGAAGGAUAUUUUAUCUUCAAAUAUCAACCCUAGAGAAUCAACUGCUAUUCCCUUACCUUCUGUUACUACAUAUGCCUCUGUGGAUCGGAUGGCUAAUACAUGGACUGAAGAAAAUGAUGGGGAUGAUUUUAGUCCUCCUGAAGAUUACUGUGAGCAGGUGAAACCAGCAUGGAAGAGAAAGACCGAGCCAUAUGGUGCGAUAGAUGAUAAAUUGAAGAAACCUAAUGGUCAGACUCAGAUCAAAUGGAUGGACCUCCCAAAAGCUGGACCUAAAACAGUACAUUCUAAGAAGGACAUUUUAUCUUCAAAUAUCAACCUUAGAGAAUCAACGGCUAUUCCCUUACCUUCUGUUACUACAUAUGCCUCUGUGGAUCGGAUGACUAAUACAUGGACUGAAGAAAAUGAUGGGGAUGAUUUUAGUCCUCCUGAAGAUUACUGUGAGCACUUGAAACCAGCAUGGAAGAGAAAGACCGAGCCAUAUGGUGCGAUAGAUGAUAAAUUGAAGAAACCCAAUGGUCAGACUCAGAUCAAAUGGAUGGACCUCCCAAAAGCUGGACCUAAAACAGUACAUUCAGAUGAUGAUUUAAAUGCCCUCUUACAGGAAGAAGAAGACCUCGUAAAUGCUCACCGGAAACAAGUAGAGGAGACCAUGAAUAUUGUUAGAGAGGAAAUGAACCUCUUGGUUGAAGCAGAUCAACCAGGGAAUCAGCUGGAUGAUUAUAUCACAAAACUGAAUACCAUUCUAUCUCAGAAGGCUGCUGCCGUCAUGGAGUUGCAGACCCGUUUAGCUAAUUUCCAGAAACGUUUAAAGGAGCAUAAUGUUUUGGUCUCGUCUGCUGGUUAAGUAAUCUAAAUUAUACUGCGAAGGUUUUUUUAUGUAAACUGGAAUAUAUUGAAGUGAUUCAUUGAUAGAUAAAAUUGGAGUGAAAAGUUUUAAAAGAUAGUAAAAUUCCCCUCUAUUGGUUGGAAUAUUCCCCUCUAUUGGUUGGAAUUUUAAACGAGGGGACAGAGUUCCUCUAAUUGAGUGAAAUAUGUUACAAAUUUAAUUCCAAUACUACCAUUUUAAUUUUAUUGCCUA